CAGGAUGCGGGCUCCGGUGCGGGAGGCGCCGUGGAGUUCGACGGUCGCGUCCCGGUGCCGAUGAGCCUGUUCGGCACCUGGGAGAUGGACCGAUCGUCCCCGAGCUGCGUGCCCAGGCUGUGCAGUCUAACUCUGAAGAAGCUGCUGGUCCUCCGAGAGCUUGACCGAGAGCUCAGCUCCAUCGUCAUCGCAGUCAAGCUCCAGGGUUGCAAACGCACUUUGAGAUCUCACGAGUAUUUUCUUCCUCUGGACGGCCAGAUGGAAACUGACCUGGAACUCAGCUUCUCUCUGCAGUAUCCUCACUUCCUGAAGCGAGACAGUAACUGUCUCUACGUGAUGCUGCAGAGGAAACGGAGGUACAAGAAUCGAACUAUUCGAGGCUACAAAACACUCGCAGUGGGUGUCAUCAACAUGUCUGAGGUGAUGCAGCACCCCUCACACGGAGACACUGUUCUCAGUCUGCACAUGAACUUCAAGGAUGUUUCAGUAAAGGGGGCGGAGCUUAGCAUCCACUCGCUUUCCAGCCAGCCAAUCGAGCAGGAAGACACAAGCAAUCACCAUAGCAGCAAGGCGAAGGCUUCUGACCGCUCUCCGGACAGGGAGUCCUGGUGGGACGAAGAUGACGACAGCUUCUCCUCUGAACAGGAAGGAAGUGAUGACGCUGUCACGGCACAGAAUGUGUAUGGUGACGAUGACGAGGGUCGAAGAAAAACACACCCGCCUCACAGGAAGAUCAUCCGGACUGCCUCUCUCACUCAGCAACCAAAAUUCAAACAGAAGUUUGUAGCUCUGCUGAAAAGAUUCAAAGUCACAGACGAGGCCCUCAGCUCAGACCCAGUGUGCCAGAGUCAGGAGGCAGAAGAGGACCUGGACCUGCUGUAUGAUAGUCUGGAGGUCUACAACCGGAGCGAGAGCGAGCGUGACCUGGAGGACAGCGACAGCAUCCAGAGCACGCCCAAACCCACACUCAGGCCAUUUUUUGAAGGCACCCCUCAGUCCAACAUAGCGAAUGAUGAUGGUCAGAAGAGUCGACAAACGGAAGGACAGAUGGCUGUGUCUGACCUGCUCUCUGCAGGGGGUCUAGGGGCCCGUGUCCACGAGGAGCCCAGUGGAGAGGGGCUCGGCCCCGCAGAUGAUGGCAAGGACGGCGCCGCCACACCAGAUGCAAAUCAAACUACCAAACUGUCGAAAACUGAGUCUCUCACACACAUUUCCCUUAGUAUGUCAGCCAAGGAGCGGCAGAACUCGAAAGGGACGGACAGAACGAGCAGUGUGGAGAGCGAGACAUCAAUAGACUGCAGAUGCGUCUUACAGGUGGUCAGGAAGUCAGUGUUGGAUCAGUUAAACAACAUCUUGUUCUCUGACGAUCAUCUUCCUGAUUCCAUCAUCCUGAUCAAUACCACGGACUGGCAGGGACAGUAUCUGUCGGAGGUUCUGUUCGAUCAGCCAAUCGUGUGCACCGUCUCAGCGGCGGAUGUUCAGGCCGCCUUCGCCGCAGUUCUCAGCCGGAUUCAGCGAUACUGUAACUGUAGCUCUCAAGCUCCGCCCCCUGUGAAGGUGGUGGUUGGCGGAGAUCAAGCCUACCUCAGCUCUGUCCUGUGCUGUUUCGUGGAACAACUCGCCAGCAAGACACCCGACUGGCUGAAUUACAUCCGCUUCCUCAUCCUGCCUGUCGGUGUGCACCCGCUGGCCAGGUAUGUGUCGUCUCUGGACGCCCGCUUCGGCAGCCUUUUCACGGACGCCGGAUGGAGGGAGCUGUUCUCCCGACACGAGCCGCCACACAAAGAGGGCGUGGACGUGGCCAGGCGAGUGUCUCAGUACCUGUCCGGAGCUGCGGUCACUCACCUGUGUCCCAUCUCUGAAGCCAUGUUGACCUACAAACACAGGAGCCGGGAAGAGGACUCCUGUCAAACGUUUGUUCCUUUUAUUGGGCUGGUGAAGGUCGGAGUUGUGGAGCACACCUCUAUCACCACCUCAGUGGACUCUGAUGACUUCACCCUGGGGUCGCCUCCCUCUCAGGCAGGAGCGCCAAUAAGCGCGUCCACACCUCCUACCUCCCCCUCCAUCAGCUGUCCGGCCGAGGUGAUGUGUCUGCAGCUGGAUUACUGGAGCCAUCAGGGAGGAGGAGGAGGAGACCGGAGGAGAGAGGCGGGGGUGAAGAACACCCUGAAGAGUAACUUCCGGUGUCUGCAGGUGUCGAGGCUGAGCAGGGGAGACCUGAUGAGCAUGACGGUGGUGACCAAGGAGAAGAACAAGAAGGUCAUGUUCCUGAGUAAGAAGAUGAAGGAGAAGGACGCAGAGUCAAGGAGUCAGGUGAUUGAAGGAAUCAGCAGAUUGAUUUGUACGUCCAAACACCACCACACACUAAGAGUGUGCGUGGACGGCGUGGAGCACUCCGAUGUGAAGUUCUUCCAGCUGUCCGCUCAGUGGCCGACUCAUGUCAAACACUUCCCCGUCGGGAUAUUCAGUUACAGUAAAGCCUGAAAACUACAUUACCCACAAUGC